UCGCGGCCGGCUGCUGGGCUCCUCAUUGGAGGAGCGGGGAGGCAAGCGAGUAGAGGGCCCCUGGAGGGAGCCGCGGAGGUUCAGGUCCCGGAGGCCGGGCUACGCCGAGCCUUGCGCGUGAACAGCUGCGGCGGGGGCAGCCUCCAGCGGCGGUGCCAGCAGUUCCAGCCCGUUGCUUUACUUUUUAGCUUCACUAACGUCAUUAUGCCGAAGAGAAAGUCUCCAGAAAACCCAGAGGGCAAGGAUGGCUCCAAAGUAACUAAACAGGAGCCCACCAGACGGUCUGCCAGGUUGUCAGCGAAACCAGCUCCACCAAAACCUGAACCUAAACCAAGAAAAACAUCUGCUAAGAAAGAACUGGCAACAAAGGUUAACAAAGGUGCGAAAGGGGAGAAGGAGGAAAAGCAAGAAGCUGGAAAGGAAGGUACUGCACCAUCUGAAAACGGUGACACUAAAGCAGAAGAGGCACAGAAAACUGAAUCUGUAAACGAGGGAGAAUGAAUUGUCAUGAAAAUUGGGGUUGAUUUUAUGUACCUCUUGGGACAACUUUUAAAAGCUAUUUUUACCGAGUAUUUUGUAAAUGCUAAUUUUUUAGGACUCUACUAGUUGGCAUACAAAAAUAUAUAAGGAUGGACAUUUUACCUUCUUGUAGUCAUGCUUUUUGGAAAUUUCCGUCAUCCUUGAGUAAAAGAAAUACCAAUUUAAUAUUGGAAGCUGUCUGUAAAAUUGAUUCAGCAUUCCAUGCACUUGCUUUAAAAAUUUAGUCCUGUGCAUACUGUGGUGUUUUUACUGUGUGUAUUUGAAUUUUUUCAUGCAGUUUUUCUAGAGCAAUAAUCAGUGGUGCUUUUGUACCUAGGUUUUAUGUGAUUUUAAUGAAAUGUGGAUAGUUGUGGCCACCUGCUGACUAUUUGUGGUUUAAAAUAAAAGGUUUUCCUGCCUGCAAAAUA